AUGUGCUCAUCAUUUAGGGAAUCCGAUCUCAAUGCUUCGCUUUCAACGUUCAACGUCAAGUUUGCACUGGAGCCUCAGACAAAUGCAAUGAUCGAUGAAGCUUUCGACUUCAUUCGGGGCGUGAAAGAGCACAGCAGUGUCCGCACAGUAAUUCUCGUCGGUGUGAGUGACGCAUAUGUUCAAAACGCGCAGCAAAGUGCUAAGCAACUAGCUGCCGAAGGUUACAGUAUCUUCACAGUGUCCAUAGGGAAUUCCGCGAAUUUUUCAUCUCUGGCUACUAGUGAGUCUUUUGUUUAUGAGUUGGUCUCACCAUCGUCUACCAUUGAAGCGACUUCGAUUGCCGCUAGUAUUGGAACAACUUUGGUGGAGGAAUCGUCCGUCUGCUUCCGCACACCACAGCCAACCACAGUGACACCAGCAAUACGGUCAACAACCAGCCAGCCAUCCUACUCCACCACACCAGCUUGCGCAACUCCUGUGGUUCAGCUAGAUAUUGCCUUCGUUGUAGAAAUAUCAACUUCUACUGGCAACCUAGACGCAUCUCAUAAAUGGCAUCACAAUCGUGUUCCACAUUAG